CACCAUGAUCGCUGGCCAGCAGCAUGGGGAUGAGCAGGAAACUUGCAGGAGGCGGCCCGUCAGUCCCUCUCCUCCUCCUCCUCCUCCUCCUCCUCCUCUGGGCUUCCUUGGCCAUCGUAUCUCCUUCCCUGUCUCCGUUCAAGCUCCGCAUGCCCCUCCUCCUCUCGGACCUCCCAGCAGACGUUCCUUUCCCCCUCAAAACCGAUCCAUGUUCAAGGAUCAGGGGAAGAGAAAGAACGCGGGGGGGAACUACCUUGGGGUCAACCACGAGCACCUGGAAGUGGCUGAGUUUCUGGCAACGACGCCAUGUUUUCAGAGAUGCAGAAUACCAGCGUCGAGGAUUCUAGAUGCUAUCACACAUGCGGAGAGCAGUGGGAUUCGGUUCCAGCAGGUGGAGUACAGUCGGGGCAACGUGCUGUGGCAUCAAAACAAGGCUGUGAACAAGUCUGGCAUCUACUUUGUACACAAGGGAUCCGUGAACUUUGUCCGCAAGAGCUCCAACGCGUAUGUAGACUCGCUGCAGCAGAGCCUGAUAGCCAAGGGAGCCUUCGAUCAAGUGCUGGACCUCAAAGAUGCCUUCCGGCAGCUGAAGUCCAGCGACAAAGAGUGGAAGGUAGGGCAGGCAGUGGAGGGCGACAUGCUAGGGGAAGAAGCUUUAACCGAGCAGGAGACCUAUCAAGACACGGCUCGUGUAGACAACUAUGCAAGGCUCAUCUUCAUUCCGAUGGAGUUGCUCACUACGAGGUUCACAGAUGUGAACGACUUAGUGCAGGGGGAGGCUCUGAUGCGGGUCAGGACGCGGCACAGGCAGUUCGAACGCAUCCAGUCGGUCUUUCAACGAGAAGCAGAAGCGCACGGCGGACGAAGCUACUCUCCAGUGCGAGACAGGAAGACUGUGGACAGCGGGGAGUAUGACCGCACGUCCAUGAUCACCAAGGACACGCAAGUGAAGAGAUACUUCAGGAAGAAUUCAGAUCUUAUCUACUCGGGCACUCUCUGCCUCAGGCCCGGAGAGGUUCCUUCGGUGAUGUCACGCAUCAAACCGAGCGCGCAGGGGAUAGACAUGCCGAGUUUGCCCAGGCAGCUUGUCCCAGAGGGAAAAGCAGCCGAGACUUCGCUGCCCGACUCGCGCAUAGUUUGCUUGUACAAGAGAUUCUUGAACCGAUGCUCUCUGCAAUCCCUCAAGUCAACGUACAAGGUUCUGGAGGACGAGAACACGUUCCAAGAUCGAUACUUCCACAACCUGAGGAAGAAAAGAGAAACUCCAGGUUUCACAAAGAAGGAGAUCAGAGUGCCUGUCACCCUAGUCCCUCCCCUUGCAAUCGAGAAAGUCAACCACCGCAAGAACCGCGACCCUCGCUCGUGGGCAACUGCAAGGUCGCAUCUCCGACCUCAAGGGUAUGUUGGCCGAGUACCGCUGACGGCAAGAUAGUCCGGAGACGGUCAAAAUUGUACAUAGCAUGACAAGGAGCAAGUUGUGAUCUGUUUUUUUUCUUCUGUUUUUCUUCAAUUUUUCUUGCUAGAUUCACACAAAACAAUUUACAACAACCCUGACAGUAU